UGGGAUGGGGAUGGAGAUGCUGAUGAUUGUAAAUCUCUCCUGUUCCUUAUUGCACCUUAACACUGACCUUUCCCAAAGGGUGGAAGUCUCUUUCUACUACCUUUUUCUUUCACUUUGAGAUCCUUACUCAGCUUUCUUUCUUUCUUUUUUUUUUUUAAUGGGGGGAGAGUGGGGAAGAUAAUACGGCUGGCAUUAUAAAGAAAGCACUAAUGUAUUCUAUCAAAAAUAUUUGGAAGAGAGGAAGACUUCUCCCUUAGAUUCUCUUGUUUUCCACCUUUUGGAGCCUCCCAUCUUCUGAAGGGAGUGAGAGAAAGGUUCCUCUAGCUUUUCUGGAGAAAGGGAAGCACUGGGGAGAGGGAGUGUAGGACUGGGGGCUCACGGUGCCCAGGUCGUGGUUCUCUGGAGUUUUUGAAUCAAUUAAAGCAAAUAAUGCUCUCUGUUUUCCACCAGGCCCAGACAAGCGAUUGGCCGAGGCCAGUCCCGUGACCAUGAAUUCCCUGCAAUUUCGCCGGAGUCCUGGGUUUAAUAGAGAGAGUCCCCAUACGCUUGUAUUUAUCAGCAAUAUACAAUUAUAAAGGCCCAAAAUAAAAAUAAAAAAAAAAAACCCACAAAAACAGAGAGAGAGAAAGAGCGAAAUCUCCCCCUCCCAAAAUCGCUCCAUCACAUAAACCUGGGGGGGGCAGGAGGGGGGGUCCCUUCCGAUCCUCCCUCCUGACGCCCCCCCCAGCAGGCCCCCUCCCCCACCAUUGAAAGCCAUGAAUUUUGAAUUUGAGAGGGAGAUUGGGUUUAUAAACAGCCAGCCAUCGCUCGCCGAGUGUCUGACUUCCUUCCCCGCUGUCUUGGAGACAUUUCAAACUUCAUCAAUCAAGGAGUCGACAUUAAUUCCUCCUCCUCCUCCUUUCGAGCAAACCUUCCCCAGCCUCCAGCCCGGCGCCUCCACCCUUCAGAGACCCAGGAGCCAAAAGCGAGGCGAAGAUGGGCCCGCUCUGCCGCCGCCGCCGCCGCCGCUCCCCGCCGCCCCCUUGGUCCCCGAGUUCCCCUGGAUGAAAGAGAAGAAAUCCGCCAAGAAACCCAGCCAAUCCGCCUCGUCUCCUCCAGCCACCUCCUCCGUUUCGGCCUCCGGGGUCGGAUCGCCAGCAGAUGGUCCGGGACUGCCGGAGGCCGCCGGCAGCGGGGCGCGCAGGCUGCGCACUGCUUACACCAACACGCAACUGCUGGAGUUGGAGAAGGAAUUCCACUUUAACAAGUACUUGUGCCGGCCGCGCCGCGUGGAGAUCGCGGCCUUGCUGGACCUCACCGAGAGGCAAGUCAAGGUGUGGUUCCAGAACCGGCGCAUGAAGCACAAGCGGCAGACGCAGCACCGCGAGCCGCCCGACGGGGAGCCAGCCUGCCCAGGCGCCCUGGAGGACGCCGGCGAGCCAGCCGACGAGCCCGCGGCCAGCCCUGGCCGCCCCUCCGCCUCCCGGCCGGCGCGGGAAGCCUGCUGUCACCCGCCCGAGGUCGCGCCGGCCCUCCCGGGCGCCCAGGGCCCCCAGCCUUUGACCGCUCACGUGGGGGGUAGUUUGCGCGCGGCCGCCAGGCUGGAGCCCGAGCCGUUGCCCGAAGACGCCUUCCCCGAGCGGCAGGAGUCGCCUUUCCCGCCCGAUCUCAACUUCUUCGCGGCCGACUCCUGUGUCCAGCUGUCCGGAGGCCUGUCCCCCAGCCUGCAGGGCUCGCUCGACAGCCCGGUUCCCUUUUCCGAGGAAGAGCUGGAUUUCUUCACCAGCACCCUCUGUGCCAUCGACCUGCAGUUCCCCUAACCUGUUUCCUCCUCCCGGCCGCUUCGACCCCCGUCCCCUCGUCCCGUCUGCUGGAAAACCCGAGGACCCCCCCCUCCCCCAAGUCGCUUAGACUUCUUUCUGUGUUUUGCUAAAAUUCAGGUAUUACUGAACUCGUGUUUAAUCCAUUUCCUUUCGUUUCUCUCUAAAAUAUUGGGCACUCGGGCGUCUUUUUAAAACACACAGACAAAUUCCGUUCGGUAGACUCCUUCCAACGAAAUCUCAGGAAUAAUUAAACUCUUGGGGGGGGCUUUCUUAAAAAAGAACUAGAGGAACUUGUUUUCCUCUCUCUUUAAGUUUUAGACCUGUAGAUUAUUUAUUGAAAUUCUUUAAUAAUAGGAAAAGGGGAAAGUAUUUAUUGUACAUUAUUUUCAUAGAUUAAAUAAAUGUCUUUAUAAUACGAAAA